AUGUUGUCGCAUACGAGGAAAAGGAUGCGUGAAAGUUUGUUUCGGACUAACGUUUCUGCACGAGUUGCGAAAAAUCGGAAGUUGGAUCCGAUAAUGAAAGUUGAGUGCGGUAAUAUUUUAAAAGAAUUAAUGAAUCACCCUGCUGGAUGGGUUUUCAGCGAGCCUGUUGAUCCUGUGAAGUUACAUAUUCCUGAUUAUUUCUCCAUUGUUUCCAAACCCAUGGAUCUUGGAACAGUAAAGGGUAAACUCGAUAUUUACUCUUGUGCCGACGAGUUUUUCGAUGAUGUGAAGUUGACUUUCGCCAAUGCGAUCUUGUAUAAUCCUGGUUGGAAUCGAGUUCAUCACUUGGCAAAGCAGUUGGAUUCUCUUUUCUGUAAGAGAUGGAAAAGAUUCGAGGCCGAUCGAAAACGAAAGAAAGAUUCGGAUCAUACUCAGUGUGUUCGAAAGAGAUCGAAAAAAGAUUUGUCGUCUAGUGGUCAGGGUUUUUGUAUUCAACCAUGUACGGUGGGGGCUGGUUCGAAAGACAAUUCCACCCCUGCGGCCUCCUGUGCUUCUGUUGCUAAUGUCCAAAAACGGAAAAAAGAUUCCGUUGAUGAUUGUGUCGGAAAACAAAAACAAAAAGAUUCCGCUGCUGCUUCGAUUAUUAUGUCUGCAUCGAACGUCGAAGAAAUGUCUCUGAAGAUCUCUUUGAGAGCUGCGACGCUGAAAAGUCGGUUUGCAGAAACAAUCUUGAAAGCCAAGUAUCAACUGCAGCAGCACAAGGGUUCAACCGAAGAAAGACAAGUCGGAAAAGGAAAUGAGUUGGAGAGUGUGUGCGGCGAUUCGGCAUAUGAUCUAUUUUACGGAAGGGUUACCACUUCUAGUAAUUGUGUGGUUGUAAACCCUCUCGAGAAACUCGGCCUCUAUCUAAAGGAGGAUGAUUAUUAUUAUUUCGAAGAUGAAGAACAAGAUCGUGCGCUGCUAGUUAUCGAGGAUGAGUUGGAAGAAGGGGAGAUUCGUUAA